UCAGUAAGAGAAAUUGUUAUGCAUCACCAGAUAUAAAUAUCAACUUUAUCUUCUACACCAUUGGGAACAAUGUUCAGUGAACAAGCUAACAUAUUUAUCUUAUCACUGCUGAGGAAAGGAAGUCGAUAAUCGCAAUGAGCAAAUUUGUUCUUACUUCAAAUAUUGAAUUCAGAGCGUGCAAUUGUAAAAUUUUGGUUGCAAGAUCUUUGUGAACAUUCUUCGAUUCACUACUCGACACCCCGUACGUUGCAGUUACGAGUUCGAAAACCUAUGGGUAUUUUUCCCUCCUGAUUAUAAAUCCCGAAAAAAUAAAUUUCUAGGACGUCUGGAUCAGGAGCUAGACCUAUUUUAAGUUAAAUGUGAAUUCAACUGGUGUGAGCUUACAGUACGAUCACGACGCGGUAACGCAAACCACCUGAUAGAAUAUGAACAAUCCGCAGCCGGGAAAAUCUGGUGCUACAAAUUUUCCACAAUUAGUUACCAAGAAUGGGUCAGCGGAAGAAUUGAGGCGAUCUGCUUCCGAUUCUGAUGACGAUGAAACAGAGUUUGAAAACUUUUUUAUGGAUUUAGAUUCGGAUGAAGAUAUGUUUCUGGCGAAACAGUUGAGUUUACUGUCGAUGAACUUCGAAGAUUAUAGUUCCGGAAGCGAUGUUAGCGGUGAUGAGGAGAAUAUUGAUGUUGCAGAACAAUCUGUGUGUGAAAUAUGUACAGAGGAAAGUGAUGACAUGAUCUCGUAUGGUUGCACUCAUUACUAUUGCCGCAACUGUGUCAAAACAAAUUUGGAAACUGCUAUCAACGACGGACACAUAGACAAAUUUAAUUGUCCACAGCCGAGUUGCGAAAUCAACGCUUCAGAAAACUUUGUCGAAACUGUCGUUUCGAAUACGGUCUUUGACCGGUACGAAACGCUCAUGAUUAAAAAGGCUGUCGGCGAUAUGGAUGACAUUGUUUACUGUCCACGCGAAGGGUGCGAUGCCAUUAUUGAGACCGACGGCAGUGGCAGGGCUGAAUGUUGGAAGUGUUUUCACUUUCUUUGCACCCUUUGCUCAAAGCUGUACCACGGUACCACCGACUGUGAACUUACCGAAGAGGAGCGUACCGACAAUUUACGGAGAAUCAGAGAUGAGGAAGUGGCUGAACAAUAUCUACUGCAGGAAACUCAAAACGAACUGAUGAUCGAAGAGAUUGAACGGGCCAAUGAAGAAUGGUUGAUGAGAACCAGAAGAGAACAAGAAGAAAUUAGAAGAAUAGAACAAAUUGAACAGGAAGAAGAGGAAAGGAGACUGGAAGAGGAAAGGAGACUGGAAGAGGAAAGACAGAGGAAAGAAGAAGCCAGACAAAUGGAAGAUCAAAGAAGAAGAGAAGAAGAAUUCCAGAGAUUAGUACAAGAAAAUGAAGAAAGAGAGAGAAAACAACGACAAAAACAGGAAGAGAGGAGACAGGCUGAGCGGGCAAGCGAAGAUACCGUAUUGAAAACUACAAAGAAAUGUCCCAAUUGCAAAUCACCUAUUGAGAAAAAAGAAGGCUGCAACGCCAUGCUCUGCACAAAGUGUCGAUAUCGAUUUUGCUGGGGAUGUCUUGGUCCCGAGCAUGGACACAAUUGGGUUUGCAACGGCAUUCGUUGACAGAAAACAUUGUAGAUUGUAUAUACGGUAGUGCUGUAACCGAGUAUCUUUCUUUGACAACAUAACUCCUAUGUAUCUACUGCGAUACAACUUAACAGACUAUAUUCGUUCGUCUAUUGGUCUCUACUUU